AUGGAAUCGGGCCUUCUUCCUCCUUCACAGCACAAACACGCAGGCGCCGAAGGAGAGAGAGUCUCUUCUCCCUCAAGGGGCGGGCUCUCCCCAGCCGCUUCAGGCCAGUCUGCUGAGUCUCUUUCUCCGCGGGGCUCGUGUGCCUUGCCACUGGUUUCUUCUCGCCCAUCUACCUCGCUCGCAACCUUUUCGCCUUCGCUUGCCUUCUCUGGCUGUUCUGCGGAGGCCACUGCAGAUCGGCGCGAGGCGGGGGCGCCCGAAGGCGCGGCUUUGUGCCUCGGAUGGACAUGGGAAGAAGCGGAAGUCCACACGCAGGACUUCCUCUUUUUUCUCAAUCAAGAGAGAACGUGUCGCUUCCUCUUUGUCGUCGAGCUCGAGCUCUCGCUCUUCCUCGCAAAAAUCGCCUCGCACCGACUCAAGGCGCUUCGAGUGCAUGCGCGCCUCAUCCGGAGACAGCUCGCGACGGUGAGAGGGAGCGCCCGCGACCUCGCCAGGCGCACGCCCGCGAGCCAGGGCGGAAAGGAGACCCAGGGGGAGCACCGCCUCGAAGCGGAGAGGCGAGAAGGCGAGGCGCAAGACGCAACUGCGACUUCAGCAGGCCUGAGCAGACAUGAUGGGGACGCGGGAGGAGGCGGCGGGCGAAUGGCGGACUGCGACCGCGGCGAGGGGCGCCAGAGUGUCGUCGACCUGGGCAGGGGCGGGCGGCCUCUGCCGGCAGCCUCGUCUGAAUUCGCCUCCUGCGGCCUCUCAGCGCUUGACCAAGCUUCCGCCCGUUCUUUGCGUUUGCAUGCGUGCGGCUGCGAGUGCUGCCCGCGGCUGCGGUGUACCUACACGCUGGAGUUCCCGCCGCUGUCGCCUCUGCUGCGCCGCCUGAUUCAUGCCCCACUGGCCUCCUCCCAUCUCAACGGCGGAGUCGCCCCUCUCGGCAGCGUCUCCUGGCGGCCCCAGCCGCGCGUCAAAGUCGCCGUCUCCCCCCCGUGUCCCUCGCCUGAGGGACCCACGUCCACGGAGUCUGCGCAGCCCCCUUCUCGACGCGUGUCUCUGAGUUCUUCGGCGGAGAGACAACAGCCUCGCGGGCUCGCAGGCGCCCCGAAGAAAGAGAUAUGCUCAGCUGUGCGAGGCGGGCGAGGAGACCUGGGCCCCGCGUGUGCCCCUGCGGACGCAGCUCUCCCCACAUUUCUUUCGAACGCGUCGACCAAGGAACAGUGCUGCUGGGGGGACGUCGUGACUGGAGGAGGGGAUGCAGGACGCGAAAGGAUUCGCUGCAGCGCUCUAGACGCAUCCGUCGUGUUUGGGGAGAUUGCGUCGCCUGCGCUGAGUUACGAAGACUUCAUACCCGGUCUCGGGGCGCUCGCCGCAGACUACGAGAGGCGGAAAAAGCGAGAAGCAGAAGAGAAACUUGAGCGGGACGAGGGACAGCCAAGCCGGCGUGAGCGCGGGCCCCAGCGACCCCACGGAACAGAGUCAGGCGCUUUGAGCGACGCGAGACGAGAGGGAAAGACACCGGACUCGUCACCGCGGCUUCCCGCAAGCCCCGGACGCGGCGCCGCUCCAACUGAAGAGGCAAGAGGAGAAAAGUCGAGGAAAUGCGGCAAAAAAGACGCAAGGGAGAUUGCCGCUCGCCAGUAUCCCGCGCACUCAGCGUUGGGCUCUGUGUGCGACAGCCUCGACGGUUUAGCGAGGGAAGAGACGCCCAAGAAGGGAAGGGAAGGUUCUAAGAGUAGAGGCGAGGACGACGAGGCGGGCGACGAGGAAGGCGAGAGACAAAACGGGAAAAAGACUGAUGCUCCUUCUUCUCGCGCUUGGCUGUCUCUCAAGGAUGUCAUGCAGGACGUCGAGCGCGGGAAAGUCGAAAUAAUUCAUCUCGUCCUUCUCCGGCGCGCGGUGAAAACGGGCAUUCGAGAGACGCUCGCCGCACUCGCGCACGCGCGGCAGGACAUGCACGCCCUCCACCUCGCAACUCGCGCGGAACUUCGCGACCUUGCCAGCCGUCCGGAGGCGACCGACGAGCGCUUGUGGCGGGAGGGAGGAGGGAAACAAGAAACCGAGACCGCGAACGGGAUGCAAGUUGAACCAGGCAGCCAAGGAGGAGACGGAGAUACGCCUGGCGAGACGCGAGGGAGGCUCGGGGCGGCCGGUGGCGGAGGGCCCGAAACCCCUGAGAGGCGCGGAAAGGCCUCCGAGACCCAGAGAAAAGAGGACGGCCUCGCGCCUCGCCAAGCGACUUCUUCCAGUUCUGCGUCGCCUAAGUCGACGCGUGGGGCUUCGCCGUCUGCGCAGAACUCGGGCUCUCUCCGCGGUCCCGCAGAGCUCGGCGCACGCGACUGCGAGGCGGGAGACGCCGCACAACUGAAGAGAACAGAGGGAACCGAGACAGCGAGGCCACUUACAGAGAAACAGUCGACGGCCGGCGUGGCGGGCGUGCGACGGGGAAGAGGCUUUCACCAUUACUCACCCGGCGGCACGCAGACUGCGGGCUGCGUGGGAGGAGGGUGGACGCCUCCGUCUUCUCGUCCGCUUUCGCCGUCUGCCUCCCCGCUUUCCUCUGCUUCUGCUUCUCGGUCGUCGGCCUCGAAUUCUGCCUCGUCUGCUUCUCUCGUGUGCCGAGGCGGCGUGGAGCCGCACGUCGACGCGAAGGAGGAUGCCCCCCCCUCCCCGGGCGCGCACAGAGGCCGGCUAGAGACAGUGCGGGGAGCGGCCCGCGCCGGGCACCAGGCGGCCGGAGACCCCCGAGGGCCAGGUGACCCCGGGGCUGCAGCCGAAGAAGCGGCGACGCAGUCACGCGGAAAGGCACACGAGCCAGCCGACGCGAGACUCCACCCGCAGAGGGCGAAGCCCGUCUGCGAGAGGGCGGAAAGCCAGGGCGCCGGUGCGCGGAGAGGAACCGCACGCCGAGGCCAUCCUAUUCACGCAGGACUUGCAUCGGGGCCGCCCCCCGGCGGCGCGGUGGAAGACAAGGGCGGGACGGCGUCGGACGACCUGGAAGAGGACGAAGAAGAGGCGGAAGAGGACGUGUAUGCGCUGCGCCCGCUUUUCUGCUACAACGCCUUCUCGCCGCCCCCGAAAACCUGGGGCGGCUUUCGCUCGCCAGGCACCCAUGUGCAGCCCUUCUGCUCUCUGUGUCUCCCGCCUCCUCCUGUCGCCGCCUCUUCCGCGUCCUCUUUUCCGUCUCGGCAUGCACCUCCCGCUUCGCCCGCGUCCCACCGAGCCGCCGCGGCCUUCGCGCGGCUGACCUACCACCCCUCGUGGGUGUUCCCCGAGGUGCAGGCGUUGCGGGAAGAAUCCGCGGCCCUGACAGCCGAGCAGGCGCCUCGAGGGGGGGGGCGCUGCCGCUAG